GAUUAAAAUUAGACGAAUUUCAUUCAUCUUAAAUUGCUUUAAUUAUGUAUAUUGCGCACUAGAACAACAUGGGCGAGUAGACAAUUCCAUAACAGACUCAGUCGCCUCCGGACCGCUCGUCACAAAGCACGCAAAAUGAAAUUUUUCAUUUUCUCACUCAUCGCACUCAUUUCCAUCGAAAAUUCAAUUUGCAUGGAAUGCUACUCCACAAAUUUGGAAGCUUUGGCUCGAGGCGUCUCGGAACAUUCCCCACAGGACUGCACCCAAAGUUUGAAAAAAUUCGAACGCAGAUUCGAUUUGUCCAAACUUGACGUGACCUGCUUCAAGUUUGUGGUCCAAGGCGAAGACAAAACGGCCAUUGUGAAGGGAUGUCUCCCGAAAGGGGGCUGCGGCCUCAUGGAGGGGGCCCUCAAGACCAUGCUGCCCUUCACCGGGGAGGCGAAAUGCUACGAAUGCGAGGGCAGUCUGUGCAAUUCCGCCCCAAAGUUGCAACUUCUCGCUUUCGUUUCGCUUUUGUUGCCGUCAGUUUCACUGUUCAAACUGUUGUAAUAAAUCGUUGGUGUGAAUAAAUAUUAGUUGUUCGA